UGCGUGAAUGUGACCAUGAUUACAGCCAACCACAACAACAGGAAGCCAAAACCAGUGCCAAUAUCCGAACGCCGAUCAGCUGACGACCAAAACAAACAUGGAGGCGGUGAGGUCCCUUCUUCUCCUAGGCUCCAGGGCCACAGGGAGCCACCUAGGUACGCCCCAGGGGACUCACACUCGCCAGUACUACCAACACAAGUAUUACCAGUGUACCGGGGCCAGCUACAGGUACCGGGCAGGUCGUGGAGGGCAGCAGCAUGUGGCCGAGGCUCCAGUGUGGUGACCAGCGGGUGGCGGCGGCGGCUGUGUCACUCAGCAGGCCACCACCGCCAGCCAGACCCUCCCCCUGCCCGGCCCCAUGAGGAGGAGGGAGAGAGGCGGACAGCAGUAGAUGAGGGGGUGCGAGCUGGCCAGCCUCUCCCACACACUCAUCCUCACUUGCUGCAGCCUGGACAGGUGACGUUUGGCAUCACAAGGGAGGAGUACAGUGAGCGGCGCCACAGGCUGAUGGAGAGGCUGCGGGAGAGGGAGGGCCGGCACCAUGUUGUGCUGCUGCCUGGCACUCCCAAGAGAUACAUGGUGGACAAGAUCCCCUACCUCUACCGCCAGGACACAGACAUGCUGUACCUGAGUGGGUGCCUGGAGCCGGGGUGCCUGCUGCUGCUGCACUCCCUGCCGGGCCGCCCCGCACCGCUGCAUCGCUCUGUCAUGUUCACACCGCGCCAUGACCCGCCCCAUGAGCUGUGGGAUGGUCCACGCACCAGCCCCGACCACGCCCCAGCUGUGUGGGGUGUGGAUGCUGGCCUGCCCCUGGAGGAACUGACCCGUUACCUGGAUAAGCUGGAGCGUGACCUUGGCUCCCCAGCCCUGUGGUACCAGCCUGAGGCCACUGCUGGCCCUGGCUUGCACCGCCAGUUGCAGGCCUGGCUGGCCACCGGGGGCCGCCUGGGGGCUGCGGAGAGUCCCCGGCCCCAUGUGCAUGCCCUGCGGGUGGUGAAGUCCCCGGCAGAGCAGCAGCUGAUGAGGCAGGCCUGCCGGAUCUCAGCGGAGGCCAUCGCUGCCACCAUGAGGGCCACCCGCGCCCCAGCCUCAGAGCACCAGCUGUUUGCCACGGUGGACUACCAUGCCAGGAUGCGCGGCGCAGACCACCUGGCCUAUCCCCCCGUAGUGGCCGGUGGCCCCCGCGCCAACACCAUCCACUACACCGCCAACAACACCCUGGUGCAGCCCGGCCAGAUGGUGCUCAUGGAUGCCGGCGCUGAGUUCCGUGGGUACAGCGGGGACGUGACACGCACGUGGCCGGUGGACGGGGAGUUCAGCGCAGCGCAGCGUGACCUGUACGAGGCAGUGGCAGAGGUGCAGGAGGCCGUGGUGCGGGCGUGUGCCUCGCAGCGCCCCACCCUGGACCAGCUGUUUGCCCUCAUGUGUGCCAAGCUGGGCCGGGUCCUGCAGGAACUGUGCAUCCUGCCCCUCAGCUACUCCGGACACCAGCUCUCCAGGGCGGCAUACCUGUACUGCCCCCACCACGUGAGCCACUACCUGGGGAUGGACGUGCACGACACCGCUCACAUCCCCCGCUCCCGCCCCCUCACCCCUGGCACCAUCAUCACUGUUGAGCCAGGUAUCUACAUUCGCGAGGACAACAGGACAGCCCCCACUCGCUACCUGGGCCUGGGUGUGAGGCUGGAGGACGACGUGCUGGUGACUGAGAGCGGUGUGGAGGUGCUCACGUCUGCCUGCCCCAAACACCCGGAUGAAGUGGAAGCUAUUGUCGGUGCUGAUUAUAAGUGAAUGGGUGUGUGUGUGUGUGAGGGAGUGGGAGAGGUGUGUGUGUGUGUGUUUGUGUGAGAGAGGAAAGGUGUGUGUGUGUUUGUGUGAUAGAAGAAAGGUGUGUGUGUGUGUGUGUGUGUGUUUAUGUGUG